AUGAGUGGACUACGGCCGAUUUUCUAUGCAUAUCAGCCAGAGCCAGAGACCUCUGGGUCAGAGUCUUCAUAUAAAGUGGAGUAUUCUGGCAGUGAUAGAGAUCCUGCUCGCCCAUUUGACGAGCUUGUUGGAGAAGGGUUGUUGCGACGUCAAUGGUUAGAAUAUGCCGAUGAGCCGAACUGCCCGAUUGAACAAUCCACGCUAACCUACGAAGAUCUGAUGGCAGUCUUACCGAAUAUAGAGUAUGCGAAUGCAGAUAGCCGCAUCAAGCGAGAAGUCGCUGACAUGGAGGGCCACGCCUCCGCAAUUCCUGAUGACCUUCGAACACUGAUUCAAAAUACUCCCCCUGGAACAUCUCAUCGCAUCAUACUUUCAAAUUACGAUGAGUCAGGCCUUAUAUGGACUGGGCUAAUCGGGCCAGGAGUUAUGAUGAUCGACCUCUUUGACAGGAAGGAGAACAGUGCUGCUUUGCAUGUUUCCGAAGUAUCUCAAGCUGUUUAUCAGAAUUACCAUCCAUUGCAGUUCCUCAGAUAUAUCUUUAUAUUGGGCGUUAUAAAUAAGCAAACAAUUUCUUGUAUUAAAGAUGAUCUCUACGGCGCCAACGGGGAUGAUAACUUACCAGCAGGAUGGCCGAGUGGCAGUGGUUUACAAGAGUGGAAUCAUGGCACCCCGCAGUUUGACGCCUUGAUGGGCACCAGAAUCGGCAAGACAGUUGCCUCCAUCUUGCUAAGUGCGUUCCCUCGAGGCACUCGGCGAAUUGGAAAAAUCGCUACCUGGCCGUGUGCAUCCAGUGCUAAUAUACGAUUUGAUCUGGAUGUUUUUGUGCCUGCUGACAAUUAG